AACUGGAAUGGCGAUUUCUAUUUCUCCUUCGUCGAUCAAGUUCUUAUUUUUCAGUUUUUCUGUUGUAGUUUUGGUUGGGUUAGUGAGUGCAUCGAGGUUCGAUGAUCUCUUCCAGCCGAACUGGGCACUCGACCAUUUCAUUUACGAAGGAGAAGAGCUUAAGCUUAAGCUUGAUAAUUAUUCUGGUGCUGGAUUUGCUUCGAAGAGCAAGUAUAUGUUUGGGAAAACAACAAUACAGAUCAAACUCGUUGAAGGAGACUCUGCAGGAACUGUAACAGCAUUUUAUAUGUCAUCGGAAGGUCCAAAUCACAACGAAUUCGAUUUUGAGUUUCUGGGGAACACGACCGGCGAGCCUUACCUAGUUCAGACGAACAUAUACGUGAACGGGGUAGGGAACAGAGAGCAGCGUUUGAACCUUUGGUUUGACCCCACCAAAGAUUUUCACUCUUACUCAGUUCUCUGGAACCAACGCCAAGUGGUUUUCUUGGUGGACGAGACGCCGAUACGUGUGUUCACGAACAAAGAGAAACAAGGAGUGGCGUUCCCCAAGGACCAAGCCAUGGGCGUGUACAGUUCCAUAUGGAACGCUGACGACUGGGCGACACAAGGAGGAAGAGUGAAGACGGACUGGACCCACGCCCCUUUCGUGGCCUCUUACAAGGGCUUCGACAUUAACGCCUGUGAGUGCCCCAUCUCUGUGGCUACCGACGAGAAUGCGAAGAGGUGCAGUGCAAGCGAUAGGGGAUACUGGUGGGAUCACCCAGUGAUGUCGGAACUGAAUUUACAUCAAAGCCAUCAAUUGAUGUGGGUCCGGGCUAAUCAUCUUGUCUACGAUUAUUGCACGGACACAUCGAGGUUCCCUGUCACUCCUCUCGAGUGUGACCAUCACUGAUCGUUGGGGGUUACUUCACUUCGCAUUUCGCAUCACACUGUAAAUAAGAUUGUAAAUAAAAUAAGGGUAGACAUGAGCUCCAUGUUCCUUCCUGUUUAGUC